AUGGCAGUUCAGUUACCUGCAGACCGCAUUGUUGCCCUCUUCUUGCGGUUCCUGGGGGUCAAAGGUAACAUGCGCCUGGGGCCCACCAGCUUCAGAACCUUCAUCAGGCACUGUAAGCUGAGCAACAGUAACCUCUCCAUGGCAUCUGUGGAUAUCCUCUACAUUGAUAUAACAAGGAGCUGGGCCAACAUGCUGCCUGACUCCAGGGAGUCAGGCAUGGGUCUCCAGGUGUUUGUGGAGGCUGUCUUCUACCCGGCCCAGCGCAGGUUCAAGUCUCUCUGCUGGAGAUGUGUGAGGCUUAGCUGGAGAACCAGGGAGUAAGGGGUCCUGGAGGAUCUCUUCCUGAGAACAGUACCUGGUCCAGCAGGUGCUCUGUGAGCCACCCCAGACCAGGCCCUAUCAGAACCCCAGCUCUGCUCCCCGGCCAACCUGCGCAGGGCCUCCUCCCAGGACUACCGGCUGCAUCAGCGAUUACGACCCCCACACACACAAGGCCAAUGUAGAGAACUGACCUGACUCAGGCCUAAGAAGCUAUACUCCCACACACAGACCUCACAGAGGAGCACACAGACUGGCUCCCUCUCCACUGGAAGUCCUCCAGGGUGUCCUGUCAAGAGCAGACAGACAGAUUGUAGGGAGCUGACCUCAGAGGCUGACUUCCAGGACCUGUUCUGGGCUUGAUUUAUUUUCCUUGUGAAGAAUAGGAGGAGAGGGUGGAAGGUAGUGCAUAACGUGGUUGAGGAAGUGGGAGA